AAGUAGCAAUUAUUGCCUUCAUAUAAAAUACCCGUUUUCGUUCUAUCUGCACAUAGAUAAUUGAUUGCCUUCUUCCUCUUUUAUUCUUCUUCCUGCGUGCCGCAUGUUGGUCUCUUUGUCUCUUUCUGUUGUUGGCCUCGUUGAUGAUCGCUGUUUCUUUUUAUUGCCUACCAGCAACAGAUAGUGUUUUGCUGUUGAUGUUGUUGGGGGUCGGGUUUGGUUUUGUUUUGGGUUGUCAUAAUGUCGCAGAAGAGGCAGCCUGAGGAGCCCAAGUCUCGUCCGGAAGGGAAUAAUACUGAGGAGAAGAGGAGGAGGUUUAAUUUGAAGAAGAGGUGAUUAAGAUGCAAUCAGCCCACCAUUUGUUGGAACCAGUUUUGGAGCCAUUGAUUCGCAGGGUGGUCAAAGAAGAAAUUGAAUUAGCUCUUAAAAAACAUUUGGCCAACUUUAAACGAAAUAAUGGAGAAGAAAAAGAUUAUUCUGAAUUAAGAAGCUUAAAACUGCAAUUCUCAAACAACCUCUCUCUUCCAGUGUUCACUGGUGCUCGAAUUGAAGGAGAAGAAUAUUCUGCCAUAAAAGUAGCUUUAAUUGAUAUUCUUACUGGGGAAAUAGUUAAUUCUGGCCCUGAAGCUUCUGCCAAGGUGGAAAUUGUGGUUCUUGAAGGUGAUUUUGAUGGUGAUGAGGGUGACAAUUGGGCGCAUGAUGAGUUCAAGAAUAACAUUGUCAGAGAGAGAGAAGGAAAGAAGCCCCUUCUUACAGGAGAUGUUUUUCUGAAUCUAAGUGAGGGCAUUGGUAUAGUGGGUGAAAUUUCAUUUACAGAUAAUUCGAGCUGGACUAGAAGCCGUAGGUUCAGGCUUGGGGCAAGAUUUGUGGAUAAUUUUGAUGGAAUUAAUGUGAGGGAGGCAAAGACAGAAUCUUUUAUUGUCAGGGAUCACCGAGGAGAAUUGUACAAGAAGCACCACCCUCCAUCGCUGUUUGAUGAGGUAUGGAGAUUAGAAAAGAUUGGAAAAGAUGGGGCUUUCCAUAAGCGAUUGAGUAGGGAAAAUAUCAACACUGUGAAAGAUUUCCUGACUCAGCUCUUUAUAGAUCCUCAAAGGCUUCGCCACGUUCUUGGCACAGGUAUGUCCGCUAAGAUGUGGGAGGUAACUGUAGAACAUGCACGGACAUGUGUGCUGGAUAAGAAAAUGUAUUUAUACUGCACUCCUGGUUCUCAACCGAAAAGUGGUGUGGUCUUCAAUGUUGUGGGACAAGUUAUGGGGCUCCUUUCUGAUUGCCAGUAUGUUCCUGUAGAUAAGCUGUCUGAAACUGAGAAGGUUGAUGCUCAAACUUUGGUAAUUGCUGCAUUUGAACACCCUGAGGAUGUUAUCUCUUUUGAUGAUGAAGCUUCUCUUGUGGAUGGCUCUUCCCACUUGUCCAACAUUCCUUACCCCUCACAUUCGCCCAGGACAGAGAAUUCUAAUGGAAGCAAGGUUUUGGCUUCACACAAGAUGGGUGGAUUUGAUUAUCCACAGCCAAAUGCUGCUUCUCCAGAUAUCAUUUCAUCUAUGUAUUCUGUUGGGGGUGUGAGUAGCUUGGAUGAUUAUUCUUUGCACAGUAUUGAAAAUAUGGGUCUUAGAUAUGAUCAGACACUGAGUUUCCCAGGCCAAGUCUCCAACCCUCUCUUAUGUGACACUGAUGCCAUGACUCAAGCUUUCUGUGAUGAGGAUCAUCUGCGGUUUUUUGAUACAGAUCUGCAGUCUCAAAAUCUUAGUCUGGAACCCCCAGCUGAUUUACAAAGUGCUCUGGAUGGCUUCCUAUUGACGCGUUCUACAGCUGUUGCAGUUGAUAAGGCUCAGAGAAGAUGGACAAAGAUCUCUAGUGUGUUGAAAUGGUUCUCUAUUAGGAGACAUGUGGCUUCAAAAAAGACUCGUGUUAGAGAAUUUCAUAGAUAUUAGUUGAAUACAGAAAAAGUUACCAUCAAAUGGCCGAAUAUAGUAUCAGACAGUGCUGCCUGAGUAAAAAUUUUGUGUGCAGUUUUCAAGUCAAGUGGGCGUCAGAAGUUGUAGAUACAUCUGAUUUAUAUGUCCUGGCCAUGCCGUGGAGUUUAAUCUUUUCUUUUGACAUUAGACUGUACAUAGGUAGAUGCAAUGCGUUGCUCAAGUUCAAGCCUGAAUACAAGAGUUAAAGCUGCAAAAAACAGUUAUGCUUCAAAUUAUGUAGCUUUCAUGUUAUUAUCAUUUUGUACUUGUGCAUUUCUGCAAUAAAAGCAAUUGAAUAUUUUUUCAA